AAAAUAAGCUAAUGCUAGUGUGAGGGAGCGAUCUCAUGAUGGAUUACUUCUCGACUCCGAAAAGUCAGAAGAAUGACGAUCUAGAAGUCACUGGAAUUUCAAGGAGUGGGAGAGUCCGGAAAAAGUCUUCAAAAUUGGUUGAUUUUGAAUCACCUGACGACGUGACGGAUCAUAAAUUAAAAAAACAAAAAGCUCAGCAUCAAGCACAAUUACUUCAAGCUCAACAAAGACUUGAAAGAUAUGAGCAACAGUUACAACAACAACAACAGUGUCAGCAACGAAAUUUACAAACUGUCAGUUCAGGGCGACCAAAUAAUCAUGUACAGCAAACAAAAAUGGUCCAACAAAAGAAGAGUUAUCAACAACCUUCUGUACAUUUUAAAGAGCCAGUCAAGCAACAAAUCAAACAAGAGUCUAGUUUGGAAGAAGAUGAUGAUUCUUCUGAAGAUUCAGAGUCUGAAGGUGCCAAUGGGCUAGAUGAUAGCGUAGAAUCAAUGUCAGAUGAUGCUACAAAUACAAUGAUGGUAGGUGAGGAGGAAGAAGAAGAAGAAGAAGAAGAAGAAGAAGACGAAGAAGAAGAAGAAGAGAACCUAAAUUCUGAGCCAGAAUUUAUUGGUUUUACGAAACUUGAGCCUCCUGAACAACAAACAGAUUUACCUUCUCAGGCAAAAAGUAGUUUAUAUAUGUUGGAAAAAUACAAGAAAAAAAUAAUAAUAAAGGAUGGAAAGGUUAUAAAUAAUAAUAAACCAUCUAAGACACAGCGGAAAGACAAAGGGAAAACUAGAUACACUGCUUACAUGCUGUGGGCUCGAGAGGCCAGACAACAAAUAUUAGAGCAUAAUCCUAAUAUGGAUUUUGCAACUGUUUCAAAGAAAUUAGGGGAAUUAUGGGCAACGGUGCCGAAUUUAGAAAAGUGUAAUUGGAGAAAGCGAGCACAACGUUGUGCAAUUAAUCCACAAUCAGCUGAAAAAUUCAAUAAAGUCGCAGUGCCGCCAGCCCGUCAAUUUAUCAAUAAAAUUGGAAACAGAAACGGGGUGCCUGCGCCUCCACCUGCGCCUAAGGUUAUACAACUAGGAACUCCAAGAAUAGGGAACAAGUUACCUAUAUCACCUCCAUUGAACAAGGUAGGGAGUAAUGGGCAUAAUGAUCCUCAUUUUGAAACAGCAGUAUAUAAAAUCGGAACUCAGCCAAUAGACGUUGCCGCUCAUUUGACUUUGCUUGGCGAAAGUUUGACAAUUAUAGGCCAGAAACUUAAAGAGCACGAGGGCCAAAUAACAGUUUCAGGAAGUUUGCCGUUACUUUUAGAUUCCUUACUUUGCGCUUUAGGGCCCUUGCUCUGUCUUACUCAACAGAUACCUGAAAUGAACGGAGCUAGUCCAAAAGUCUUGACUUCUACUCUUGAAAAUGUGUCAUACAUAAUGCCAGGAUUGUAAAUUAAAUAUCUACCGUAAAGCUAGGAUUUUUAUACCCUUUUAAUUUCACGAAUUUUUUUUAUAAAAACAUCUUCAUUAUUUUUUUAUAUUGUGUUUGUGAUCCAUUUUUUGUUACUAUAAGAUAAACAAGUGUCAUCCUAAGUAUUGAUUCUAAUUAUAAUAUUUACAAGCGUAUCCGAUAAUUAAUACGUUUUAGAUGUAAUUUAAUUAUGUAAAACUCAAAUUGAUCCAAUCGAUUAUUCACUAUAUACAU